AUGAGGAUUUUUUAUACUCUCUUGGCAAUAUUUCUAAUAAGGUUGGUAAGAUGUGGAGAUAAAGGUAGCGUUAGAGGAGUACACAAUCAGCAGAAUCUUUCCACACAUACUCAACCUUCUCAACAGGGUCCACUGAAGACCAAUGGAGAAGUUCCUCAGAAAGGUAUAGUACAGAUAAAUACAGAGCCGGUUACAAAUCUCCAGGGUGGUGUCAAACAAACUCCUAAACCUGAACAAUCUGCAAGCCCUUCCCUAGACAAAGUAGACUCUUCACUCUUUACUGUUUUGGAGUCCCUUGAGGGCAACGUUCCAGUUCUCAAGCUCAAAACUAAGGAAGGUGUUACUACUAACAAGCUCACAUUUGGAAAAGAAACAGUCUGGGAGGAUAAGAAAAAGUUAUGCUCUUCUGCAUUACUGUACAUGGACAAAGGUAGACCUACACUGGCUGUUAUAAAGACAAGGAGUAGUAGUGGCACUAAAUCCACGGUAUAUAAGUACUAUGAUGGUAACAAGUGGAGGGAUGAUAAAGAGGGUACUCAUAAAACUAGACUCAAGAAGCUAAAGGAGAAAUGUAGGCCCGGAGAAACUCUAGACAUUUCAAAGAAGGAAAACUCAGUAGGCAUCUAUUAUAAUGAUAUUAAGGACAAAUGUUUACACAUUUUCGAUCUUGAUAGUGCCAAGGUAACCAAAGUAGUAGAUGGUGAAAAUGUCAUAUGGGAGGCUACCGCAGGCACUGACCACAAUUGUCUCUAUGCAGAGCUUGUAAUUGUAGGAGAUAAACUUUGGGAUUAA